CAGUUUCAGAACAGAAAUAAAAAAAAAUGGUUAUCAAGUUUGUCAUUGUGACUUUUGCGUUGGCUUCUUGUUGCGCGGCUAAACUGGUAGAAGACGGAGAUGAGACACCUAGUGGAAGCUGGUUUGGUUUUGAACUGCUGAUAACCCAUCUGGAAUCUAUCGAACAGAAGUUAACAAAAUUAGAUUAUCUUGAACAGAAGUUAGCAAAAUUAGAAAUUACCGAAAAGGCAAUAGAUAUUCUUGAGCGAAAAAUAACAAAAUUGGAUAUUGUGGAACAGAAGUUGUUCAACGUGGAACAGAUAAUAAUGAAUCAGGCGAAAAAUGUAUUCCAGUCAUGUUCGGAAGAACCAUCCAAAAUGUCGGGGAAAUAUCGACUUCAACCCGAUUCUAACGAACAACCGUUUGUGGGUUUUUGUGAGCAGGAAAAAUACGACGGUGGAUGGCUCGUAAUCCAACAUCGUUUCGAUGGAUCGGUCAAUUUCUACCGCGACUGGGAGGACUAUAAGAAUGGUUUCGGAAAAAUUGAUGGAGAGUUCUGGAUAGGGCUCGAAAGGCUGCACAAGUUGACGCAAAAUAAUCCUAUGACCCUGAUGGUGGAAAUCGAAGACUAUGAUGGCAAUUAUGGUUAUGCUAGGUAUGAUGAAUUUGAAAUUGGUAAUGAAGAUGAGAAGUAUGUGCUCGAACAACUAAGCGGGUAUUCAGGGUCUCUGCAAGACUCGAUGAGUGAUUCCCAGGGAUUUAUGUUUACAACUCGAGAUAGUGAUAAUAGCGAAAUCGGAAGUGACAAUUGUGCACAACAAGAACAGGGAGCUUGGUGGUAUAUGAAUUGUGGCUAUACUAAUCCAAACGGGCCAUAUCAUAAGAAAGAAGAAUGGAAGAAAAUUUACUGGUAUGGGCACAGAGCCGGAGUUGAGUUAAAGUUCUUCAGAAUGAUGAUCAAAUAAACACAAUUUAACAAAAAAUAGUACACAUUUAUCAUAAAACAUUCAUUAUAUCAAAUAAACUCUCAUUGAUUGAUAAGCAUUCAAACAAAAUUGAAGUGAUAUAUCACUGCAUAAUGCGUGUUUAACCGUCUAACAAGAAUCCCUUUCGUCGCAAAAGAAAUCCAAUUGCUUUGGCAGGCUUCUGGAUUGUAUUCACCCUAGCAACACACAUAUCACAAAGAGUCACGGCAGCACAGGUUUUGGCUCCGCAGAAGUAACCGACUGUCAACUAAGCAGCAAUAUCCAGGAACCUUGGAACCAUCGGAGCACCGAUAGCUAUGUACAUCACGAGGAGGAUCGGUUUUGAUCGGCAGCUAGUAAGUUCGUUUUGCCGGGAGAAGAUCCAUUCGACCAGCACGUGUAUGUUUUCGGGUCGUCCAAGCCCCGUGAGCAAUCCGACCAGACCCCGCAUUCUUCCUUACGGCUUAUCAUGCGCCCGUAGACGGCUACGUGACUCCGCUCUAACACACGCUCGGAAUAUCGUUAAAGCUAACCACCCGGCGCCCUCGUAAAAUGAUCGAAGAAUUCACCAUGUUCAUCCGACGGAUAACGUGGUUUUGUUGUUUCACGUUUGUUCUAAUGCUUUUGUUGAUUUUCUCAACUUUUUCUACAUAUAAGCACAGCUACACUGAAGCCAAGUUGAACCAUCCAAACAUCUAGCCAAUCAUGGUGCAAAAAGCGCAGAAACGGGGAAUUUAUCUUCUCACCAUACACUAAUUCAGCUCAUUACUACAAUCUAAUACUACACCGACUGUAAGGUAACCCUCUUUGAUUACAACACUGGUAUAGAUAAGAACCAUUCGUGUUCCUUUUGGGAGAAGGAAUCGAUGACAUUAUUGGUAGGAUCGCAGAACUUUAGGCCCAUCUGUAGGAACACGGAUUCCCCAAUAAUCCGAAAAAACCGAGUGAAACUCGAACACGUGGUAGGAGAAAACACGCGAGGUAUAGGAAACGAUAGUUCAGGUUUAGGCAGUCAGCUCUGAUGAAAAAAAGAUAGGAUGGAUUAUUUGAAAGAGGUAACUUUGUACACGAUCAGACGACGGAAAGGAGCUCGAAUGAAGAAAAAACGAACGAAUGAAUAAACUCGAGGUGGAUCCGAAAAUUAGACAGUCUUAUAACAGAUUUUGAGAAUCGUAAUGUAGUUGAGGAAUAUUCUUGUAUUCCAAAAAGGAAGCUUGGAGGUUGGUAAACGAAGUGUCCUUAUUUGAGGCACUAGCGUGCGCAGGGUUCUUGCUUAGGAGGGGGGCACUAAAAUGAUGGUGCAAUAUAUGUGUAUGAUCAUGGUGCAAAAUAGAAUCAUGGUGUUACACGCAAUAUGAAUUUUCAAGAGGGGUUUCAACAUGCUGUGGUGCUAACAUCGCCAAGUACUUAAUAUUGGGAUUCUGGAGAAGGCUUCGGAUGGUGAUGAUUUCAAUAUAAUGCGAAAAUUUAAUAUGAAGUCAUUAUCUCGACACUUAUAAAAUUUUCUAAACGUGUCAAGUACGACGGAAUAUUUCGAGAAAAUUAUCAAUUAAAAAAAAUGUGGUGGUCAAAAGAAUUCAAUCUAGGACAAUUAGUGACGCUAGAAUUGAAGUAGACAAAGUCAGAAUUUCUAGAUAGGAAAUUUCAAUCAGAAUCCUUUUUGCAAUCUACAGAGAUUCCUCCAAGGAUUCGUGCAUGAAUUCCUUCAGGAAUUCCUCCAAAAAAAAUUUCUCCAAGCUGCCUCCAGGGAAUCCUUUUAGGAAAUCCUCCACAGAUUCCCCCAGGAAUUACUCCAGGAUUUUUUUCAGGAAUUUCUGCAGGAAACCCUCCAUGGAUUCAUAAAUGAUUUUCUUCAGAAAUUUCUCAAAAAAUUCCUCCAGCAAUGCCUUUAGACACUCUUUGGCGAGCGUUCGUGCGAGACAGUCGCAACUUUUCGUUCAUCCGCUUUGUCUCCCGAUACUUUCUUGUUCGGUGGCUAUUUUCAAAGUGCUAGUGUUUCCGAGUAUAAUCAAGUUAUUAAGUGAUUAUCCCUAGUGGGACGCGU